AUGUCGUCCACCGAUUCUCGAUGGAUCCCUCUCGAAAGUAACCCGGAUGUCAUGAACUCUUGGGCUGAGAAAGCUGGCCUGCUCACCUCUCAGUACCAUUUUGAAGACAUCUAUGGUCUGGAUGAAGAUCUUCUUGCCAUGGUGCCGCAACCUGUCAAGGCCAUUCUUCUCUUGUUCCCUUACACUGAUACGUACCGCGCCAAGCGAGAUGCGGAGGACGCGAACGAAAAUUCCGUUGAGGUUGAUCCUACGAUACUAUGGAUCAGACAGACAAUCGGAAACGCAUGCGGAACUAUAGGCCUGAUACACGCGUUGACCAACUCGGAUGUUGACUUCGCACCGGAAUCCCCUCUGCAGCAGUUCAUCGAUCAAUGUCACGACAAGACCCCGGAUGAACGAGCCAAGCUUCUAGAGACAACGCCUCUCUUUGCUAACAUCCAUGCUGAGGCGGCUGCAACCGGGCAAACCGCCGUUCCCUCUAAUCUUGAUACCGAUUUGCACUUCAUAUGCUUUGUGCAGGCCCCAGCAAAAGCAGCCAGGGAAUUACAGCACCCGGAGGGAAGCAAGGAAGGUGGGAUGCGUCUCAUAGAGCUAGAUGGCCACCGGAAAGGACCCUUGGAUCGUGGGCCAUGUUCCGACCUUCUUGCAGAUGUGGCAAAAGUCGUUCAACAGAAUUUCUUCUCCGGAGAAUCUAGCAUGCAGUUCAGUAUGGUUGCGCUGUGCCCAUCCUGA